CGGUUCUCAUUUGUGCAACAUUAAAUCUUGGACAUACAUUUAAUUUAUCCAGUGUGGAAGGAGAGUCGCAUGCGAAUCUGCUGCCACAUCACGAUGAUCAUCCUCUCUGGAAGCACAGCCGUUAUACUUCCGAGCUAAUCCUAUUCCUGGUAUUUCGUGGCAUGCCCGCAGUAGACGUGGUUCCAUUGUUUGCGCCGGCUCCGAUAAUCUUCCACGACGACCAGCCAACCAGCUACCAAGAUGGCAAACAAUCCUCUUGCUAUGGACACCAGCCUGUCCAGUCUAAACUCCGCUGACAACGACACAUCAGCCACUUCAAGUGCACACUUAGACUCCCAACAGUCCAAAUGGACUUCGGCCUCUACUUCUCUUACAGCAUCCCCGACAGAAUCGAGAGAUCCGUCACCAAUACGUCCUUCCGCUAACACAGGCAGAACAAGUCGUGGUUCUGCCUCGUCACCCGCAGCUAGGUCGCGCAAGAGCAGCUUUCAGAACCCUAGCCCGUCUAGAACUAGACCUAACGUCCAAACACCCUCUACGACCCCACGACAACAACUCUCUUCUACUAAUACGCCAUCACUUCCUCCUCCAUCAACCCCGACAACUGUAUUGAGAGCUCCUGUUCCGCAGAAAGCUGCCCUUGCAUCCGAGUUAUCGAAGGACGCACCUCGAUGGCCUGUAUCUCCUCGGUUGAAAUCCCCGCCUCCUAAUAUUGGCCGACCUGCAGGUGCAGAAUCGUCGACGCGGAAUGAGCUCGAGAUAUCCGCCAUAAAUGCUAGGCGAGCCACACCCUCACCCAGCUUAGAAUCUGCCUCCCAGUCUGCCUCCGAGAACGAGACAGAGGAGUCGCAGCUGUCUUCGGGUAUGAGAACUCCUGCUCGUGGGCCGAGCAAUGGGUCCUCAACUCUAGAGACCGUCCAGGAAGUCAGCCAACCCAAUACGCCGCGCCCGGGUAUAGAUAUAGCAAUCGAAAAACUUGCCGAGACUGCCGCUGCUCAGUCAUCUUUGCAAUCCAAGAGUUCCUGGAAUACGGUCAGGAAGGCCGAGUCUAGUCAGCAUGGCACUAACAGCGAGAGCGGGAGCGAUGGUGGGAACGCGAAGACGAACCCGAGAAGGACGAGUACCACAGCCACGCCCUCUCUCCACAGCAGACAGUCGAGCACCGCGAUCAAAUUUGGUGGUAAGGGUCCGACUUCCGCCGAGAGUUCCUCGAGGAACAUGACCGUAGAAACGGAACAAAUAAACAAUCUCCCGGGAAUUUCGUUGGCCCCUAGUGUAAGAGGUCAAGGAGGUAAUGGAAGCCUUCGAACGAAGCCAAGUUCGGAGACAAUUAAACCAAAGAAGGAUAAAAAGAAGCACACAAGAAAACCUGCUUCUGUUGCUUCGGGCAAUGCUUCUUCUAAAGCAGAUAUCUUCGAGGCCAAAGUUGCCAGCGCGGUCGAAGAGGCCAACUCUUCCGAUUCGGACGAGACAUUCGUAUACGAUUCGAACCCACCGGAUAUAGGCGAACGCCCUCGUCGUUAUCACUCACGCACACCGAGUGCAACUUCCAUGGCUAGUCAGGUCGAUCGGAGUGGCAUGCGAUCACUAGGAGGCAUGAUGGAAACUGGCCCCCCUACUAUCCCUGUGAAGAAGAAUAUGAAAUUCGUGAAUACUUACACCAGCAGCGGAACUGAUGGGCCUCUCGUAGACGACGACGGCCGAGGUACGAGCCGAAGCAAUGUUGGAUCUGCGAGAGGUACCAGCCGCCACCAUCACCCCGGCCGCUGGGGUCGGAAUAAUAGUAGCAACCACACCUCUUUAUUCGACAACGAAUCGCCAUUUCCUGGUGCGACCAAGUCGAAAUUCUCGAGUAAUAAUCCGAGACAGUCAUCCAAUCCACCAAGCCCUAGAUUUAAUACAAGUCGGGGUUGGGCAUCUAGUAAACGGCAAAUGACGUUACCUGGCACCUACGACAUGGACGAUACGACGACGGGCGCCGAUGACGAGAGAACUCCUCUCUUGACUGGUGCGGCUCGAUCUAUCCGAUCUACUCGAAGUCGACGAAAUCCUCACUCGAGAAACCUCGAGGCUCAGACGUACCAGCGACGACCAUCAUUCCUUACCCGGUUUGCUAGCUGCCUGGUUCUUACCAUGAUGUUAUUGGUUGUUCUCACAGGAGCGCUCGGGUUUAUGUUCGCAACAUCUCAACCGCUCACUGAUAUUGAACUUGUCAAGAUUGGCAACGUCCUAGCUAGCGAGCAGGAGCUGAUGAUGGACAUUACCGUCAGAGCGCAUAAUCCUAAUGUCGUUGUUGUAAUGAUAGACACCGCCGACUUGGAGAUUUUUGCGAAGUCCCCGCACGCCGGUACCGACUCAGAAUGGUGGCGACACCCUAGCGGAGAUGAAUUUGGAACUCUAGACGAUCCGAAGAACGAUCCGCCAGUCAUCAGACUACCGGGAGACCGCGACGACAGCGAUCCGCCUCCCGAAGAUAGUUCACCUAAUAUGCGUCUUGGAAACAUCGUCGUUUUCGACAGUCCCCUAACUUACGAGGGAUCGUUAUUCCAAGGCAGCAUUUCUACCUCUACCGGCUCGUUGCGUCUAAGCCGACCUGGUAAUAGUACCGACAGUGGCACGGAGCGAUGGGAACGCAUUAUUUCGGACGAAUUUACGUUGAUUGUCAAGGGAGUUCUGAAGUAUUCGUUACCUCUUAGUCAGAGGAUUCGAAACGUAGCGAUCUCGGGAAAGACAGUUGUGAAGCCGAAUUCUGCGAAUAACCCAUCACUCCGACCAAACGAGACCGAGAUUGCGAUACAAUAGUAUCGACGACAUGGGCCACACCAGCCCACAAACCACACCAUUUUAUUUGUACUUUUCACGCGAUUCUGUAUAUGGAGCAGGUAUGGCAUGGCAUAAAGCGGGAGCUAGGCGUUGGAUCCUCGAAUAGGGACAUACGACGAGGCCUUGGGCUUAGAUCCCAGACUAGGGGAUCACAUGAACUCGGUUGUCCCUUUUAGGUGUUAUUGAUAUUCCCAAAGUCCAGAAAGAAUGGUUUUUAAGAUUUUUACUUGAACAGAACAAGGGCAUACGGUACCAAGAGGUACCCAAUAAAAU